AUGGACUUUUCAUCAAACACCACUGAAGCCAAAAGACAGCAAACCUGGUGGCCACAAUUUAACUAUCCUUCGCUCCCAUCCGGCUUUCCCUCCUCCAGCUCCUCCUCAAGCCGCGCUCCCGUGCCCCAGUCCCUUCCCCGCACUAGCCCCAUUUUCCGCCAGGAUUUUCGCGGAGAUGGGAAGGAAUUAGAGACUGUCCCGCCCUCCCUUCCCACAGCCUUCCAAACGAAGUCGCCCGCGUCCCACUCCCGUCCUCCUCUCACCCGCCUCGAGGGCCACCGCUGCUCCCAUUCAGGUGGCGGGAAAGUCGGCACCGCCGCCGCCCCGCCGAGGAUCCCCACCGGCCUUUCUGGGACAGAGCGGCGGGUGGUCCAGACCCGCUACCGGCGGAGGAAGACCGCGCUCGGUCGCCCGGCAACGAGGCCCGCGCCCGCCCCCGCCCCCUGGCCGGGCCCUCGCGGGUCCCUCCGCGCGGCUUGCCCCCACCGCUCCCGCGCUUUUCUGCCUCGCGGAGCCGAAACCCGGGCUGAGCGUCCUUGCGUCUCCGGGAGGUGGUGA